AUGGAUGAUCAAACUCGAUUAAAUAAUGGAGAAAUUAUUAAAUUUUCGAAAGACUUUCCAAAUAAUCAUUGGCAUCCACAAUUAUUUCUUCUUAAUAGUGGUCGAGAUUGUAAUGAAAAAAUCAAUUGUAGUAUAAAAAGAUCUGCUUAUCGAACUCAAAUACGUGAAUGUCGUGAUGUUUAUGAAAAUUUUUAUUCAAAAUUUAAUUUACAUCAUUUUCCAACAGAUAUUCAAGAUUUAAGUGUAUCGAUUGUAUCAGCUUUAUUCGAUACCGAAGUUAUUUUAAAAGCAGAUCUAAAUCGAAUAUCCGGUAUUAAUCGUGAAGCAUUUACUGAUCAACAAGAAUGGAAAUUAUAUGAUCAUGUUGAAAUACAAACAAAAUUUAUUAAAGGAUAUUUAUUUCAAAAUGAUAAUGAUUAUGAAUUGGACACACCUGGCCAUGAACGAAAACGAUUAAUUUUAACCAUGACAUGUCAUGCAGCUGCUCGAAGACGUCAUAUGGAAGAACUUGACAAGCUUUAUCGUCAACUUGUUGAUCAAAGACUUUGUAAAGAUAGAUUAUCAGCAAAGCAAGUGUGA